UGCACUUUCCCUUCAGCUGCGAGCACGAUCGCGGGCAAGGCUUCUUGCCCCAGCAUCGUGCUUGAUAACAUUGCUGUGCCUGCCGGUGAAAAUCUGGAUCUAACCGGGCUGACGGCUGGCACCAAGGUCACCUUUGAGGGAACCACCACCUUUGGCUACAAAGAGUGGACCGGACCUCUCUGA